GUCGUGUACGCAUUUUGCAGAUGUUUAUCAAGGCGUUUAUCACGGUUGGUUUGGCGUCGAUGGUGUUGGCAAGGCCACAGUUUAUAACAUUUAAAGAUGGUCGUGUGGGUGUGAACUUUGGCGGUUAUCACGCGUCCGCCGGUCUGGGCGGUUUGUUGACCGGAGAUUCAGCUCACGGCGGUCUUCAGGCUGAAGCAGGCACACCGUGGGGAGCACGAGCUGGUGCAGGACUCGGUGGGGAUGCCAGUGGACAAGGCGCUAUGUACGCCGAAGCACGAUCUCCAUGGGGCAGGGCCGGAGCAGGUCUUGGAGGCGAUUUGGCAGCCGAUGAUGGCCAAGUGGAAACGCUAUACCGCGCGGUUACAAAUACUCCUACGCUAGGAGACAUUAGUUAG